AGCGGCCUGCUGUUGUAGUGCUGGGAGCCCUCUCUAGUGGACAGGCCUUUCCCGGAAGGUGCUGGGGAUGCCGCUCAAGGUGGUGGUGGAGCUGCAGGUCCACUCGGUCUCUUGUCCUGGUGUGCACUUGGCAGAGAAGAGUGAUGUCUACCUCCAUGUGUGCAUCCUGGGUCAGUGCAAGGAAACGGACUGCCUUCCUCCCACCUUCCCUCUCUUCUUUCAUGAAAAAAUGUGGUUUGAAAAGAUAUUUGAAAAAGCUACUGACCCUGUUGAUGUAGUAGAACUGCUAGAAAAAAAUCUGACAAAGAUUCGAUUAUCUGAGCUGAUAUCUUCAGAGAAAGAAGAUCUUGCCAAUUAUGAAGAGAACACUCGGGAUUUUUUAUUUCCUGAGCCCAAACUGACUCCUCCAUAUCCUGGAGUGGACAGAGAGUUAUUAAUGAACACACCUCCAUCCUUCCCUGGCAUUGCACCAAAAUUAGAGUUUUCCACAAGAACAACAAUUACAGAACUUCCACUUCUGCCCAGAAGAUGGUAUAGUGACAGAAAUGAUACCAGGAUGCAAAGGGCUGCCUCAGCAUCAUCACGGCGAAGGAGCAUCUCACCCACACGAUCUAGGAUGGCAAAGAGUAAAAGCUGCAAGAGAUUUACAAGGUCCCUAAGAUCCCGCUCUCCAUCUCCAAGCCCAGUAAAACAUUUCCAUGAGAACUCCAGUAAAAGUCAGACCCAGCUCUCUACUUUGAACCCGAGGUCCAUUAAGUUCAAAACAGAAGCAGACCACAGGCCACCUUUUGUAGUUAGACAUGUAGAUACUUCUAAAACAUUUGGUGAACAAAGCCCAUCACAGUUUCAAUUUCGAAGUGCAAGACAAAGUCCAUCAAGAAAUGCUCACAAAUAUCAGUUGAAACGAGCAUUAUCAUUUGAUAGCUGGAAAGCAUCAUGUCCAGAAACUAAGGUUAUCAGAGAGCCAGUUGAACAAUAUAGUUCAGAUCCUGCUUUGUCGUCAUCUCCGGAAACAAAUGAACCUGUCAGUGAUCCACUGAAUGCUCCUACUAUUUCCUCAAAACUGGAAACAAAGGAACCUGUCAGUGAUCCACUAAAUGCUUCUGCUAUUUCCUCAAAACCGGAAACAAAGGAACCUGUCAGUGAUCCACUGAAUGUUCCUGCUAUUUCCUCAAAACAUUACUGGUCACGAAGUCCUCAGGAGAGAUGGGCAGAAUACAGGUUACCACUCCUAAGCUGGAAUUUCCUUAAGGACAUACAUAGGUAUAAGUGUUCUUUACACAAGUUAAUGGCCUUUUUCAGGUUCUGGCAGGGAUUGCUAUUCAUUGCCUCCCUCUGCAGCACACACGUACGACACGCACAACUUACUGUAAAACAAUUGAAGCUGCUCUGCACAGCUAUUCAUAUCUUUGAUGACAAGAUCUGAGAAAUGUCUGACUAUAUCCCUAUACCAGAUACACAAUGAUGAGAUCCAUGGGGUUUCCAAGAGGUCUCAGUGCUGACACCAUCACUGUGUCUAGGUAGUCAGACCCUUUUCCAAUACAACUGGUUUUGCGCGAAGCAUAGAAUAGCUCCAAAGGAUUUCAAUAAUGUCUGUUUGUGUAAGUGCCUUCAAGUCACCUGUUUACUUUUGAUGACCACAUAAAUUUUCUAGUAUUGUCUUAGGUCAGGAAUGCUGAGAGGGGGUCUUGACCAUUCCUUCCUCUGAAAUAUAGGCUUUAGCCCCUGGUAUUCAUUAAAGGGAAGAUAUAUAUGGCUCAGUGUAGUGUAAGCCUGCAUAUGGAUAUUUAUGCUAUCCUUGGGGGUGUUGGAUUGAAACUCAUAAUAAUGACAUGCCAGACUUAGCCUCAGCAGUCAACAUUUCUGGAGCCCACACUGCCAGUCUUCAAUAGCUGCUAGUCAAUAGUAGUAGCUGGUGUUUGUGGUCCACUUGUCUCAUUAGGAUCAGGAAUCAGUCCCUUUGGGAAGCAGCAGACAUGAUGCGAAAGACAGCUAGAAGAGAAGGGAUGUUAAUCUUAGCUUACACAAAGAAAAAAAAGGCUUUUAAUGCCUUUUUACAUUAAACCCUUGUGUCAGCAGGACUGCUGACUGACAGGUCAGCGUUUCGAAUCUGCGGAGAGCAGGUUGAGCUCCCUCUGUCAGCUCCAGCUCUUCAUGUAGGGACAUGAGAGAAGCCUCCCCAAGGAUGGUAAAACAUCAAAACAUUUGAGCUUCCUCUGGGCAACAUCCUUGCAGAUGGUCAAUUCUCUCACACCAGAAGCAACUUUCUCAAGUUGCUCCUGACA